CAACCACCCGCAGCAACACGAGCCCACAAUGCUUCUCCAAACCAUCACAUCACUGUCACUCCUGGCAGGUCUUGCCGCCUCGCAGCAGACAUGCGCGCUCUCGACAACAGGCCAGCAGGGACUCUGCCUGUCAACAUCAAGCUGUAGGAGCUCUGGCGGCACCUCGACACCCAACCUAUGCCCCGGCACCCCAACCGACGUCCAGUGCUGCACCUACGGCACCUGCACCGUCCCGGCCCAGGCCAACCUCACCGGUCUGUGCGUGCCAUCCACCUCCUGCACCGACGGCACGGUCACCAGGGGCCUCUGCCCGGGCGACGCUGGCAUCACCUGCUGCACGUGGCAGUCGUGCAGCGCGCCCGGAGGCGUUCCCGGGUCUUGUGUGCCGGCUGAGGGGUGUGCGGCGGGCGGUACAACGACGAGUGGGCUGUGUCCUGGCCCAAAGGGGGUUAGGUGCUGUGAUUAUGGCAGGUGCAAGGCUGAAGGGAAGGAUGGGUUCUGUCAGCGGCGUGGGACUUGUGGUGGGACGGUGGUGUCGGGUGGUGGAUGUGCUACCGGGGUUGACUGUUGUCUGAGUGCGAGUGGUGGCGGCGAUGUCGAAGAGGAGUGUGGUCCGCCCAAGUUGAACCAGGCCUCGUUGGAUCUGGUCAAGGAGUUUGAGGGAUGGUUUCCGGAUAUCUACCUCGACCCGGUCGGCCUCCCCACCGUCGGCUAUGGCCACCUAUGCAGCAACCCCACCUGUUCCGAGGUCCCUUACCCGAUCCCACUAUCCGUGGCCGACGGUGAGGCGCUCCUACAGUCGGACCUCGGCAUUGCGCGCCGCUGCCUCUCUGAGGACCUGGUCGACUCGGUGGUGCUGAACCCGAACCAGUACGGGGCGCUGGUCAGCUGGGUGUUCAACAUGGGAUGCGGGGCGCAAAAGUCGUCGACCUUGACGGCGAGGCUCAACGCUGGCGAGGAUAAGAGUGUCGUCGCGCGAGAGGAGCUGCCGAGGUGGGUUUAUGCAGGGGGUCAGGUGCUGAAUGGUCUGGUUAGGAGGAGGGCGGCAGAGGUUGUGCUGUUUGAUACGCCGGCUGAGGGCGUUGCUCAUCCUCCGAGACCAUGCUAGGGUGAUUGCCUUGGUGGAUGUAGUAUAUGUAACGCAAGAUGGAGCUCAACCUGGAGGGUUGACUGUAGGGGACAGCAAUAGUACCAACUCAUUUCAAGGGUGGGGUGAAUAAAACUCAUGAACGGUAAAACAAUAGCUUUCUACUGUACAGGUUCCGUAGGGUCUUGGGAUGAUAAACAUCGCUCCAGUCUACCCAAGCAACGGCGUCUCUUCGUUAGGUUGUCCAUUAUCAGUCUGCUCCUCGGUUACAUCCAUGGUCGCGCCGUGUGCCACAUACUCCCGAGAAAUCCAUGCAGCACACAGUCCAGCGCCUGGUCCCAGUAUCACAGACACCAAAACAGCAACUCCGGCAGACUUCCAACCACCCUCGACCAUGACCCAGUACAGUGCGGUCGCGGCGAUGAACAGCGAGUCGAUCUGGAUGAAGCCCAGACAAGACCUGGUCAUCUCCUUGCGGUCAUCGGUCUUGAACAAACUGAAAAUAAGCCAUCCGUGCGCAAUGACGGAAAACAAAACGGCGGGGAGAUAGACGCCAGAGAUGGACGCGCGGUGUUGUUCUACCCUGAAUGGAGGCGCAAACUUCUCCGCGUUGGCCCGGACCAAGAACCAGCGGACAAACUGACGAACGAUGGUGACGUAAACGGGGAAGAAUAGCCAUACGAAAACGGCUACCGACGAACGGGUGAAUAUCAUGGCCAAAGACGGAACGAAGAAUCCCAAAAGAAUAGCCACGGGGACAGCGAUUGCCUCGACACCAAGAGCAAGGUUUCGACUGUCGGCUGCCAAACGAUCCUCACCGCUUCUCUCGACAACCUCGAGACCUUUGGCGCGCUUCACAAACGCCGGGACGAUGACCAAACCCCAGACCAGCUGGCCGCCGGCCAGAUUAAACAUCAGCCAAGGGCCGGUAGGGUUGGCGAUCAGAGUAGCGCUGGCAUUGCACAAGCGAGCGGCCUCGAGGGUCGCCACAGUAAGAAGAGCACCGAUGAAAGCGAGAAUCUCGGACAUCAUGGCGGCAGACCGAAAAGAUGACACGGCGUACUGAAAGAAGGAGACGAGAUAGCAGGCCGGAGCGCCAAGGAGAGGAAUGUGGCUGAGCCAGGGCACCUUGGCUCGGGCGUGACAUUGGCUAUACAACAGGCCUGGGUUGACAUCUUGUAGCGAGAGGGUGACGAUUGUGGCGAUAUAGCCGACAGUAAAAAGGACUGGGAUGGCUAUGAGCUGUGGGUAGCUGAAUCGAUGAACGAGAAGCUUAGGGAUGGGCCUGUCGGAGUUCCGGGGUGAGCCUGGUCGGCUAUUGCGAGGUUCAGGUUCUUGUGUGUCUGCCAUGUUGCUACUUGUCGUUGUAUGACUUGGCAACUAAGCAAGCCGUACAGUAUAUCCGGGAAGCUGAUCUGAUGCCUUUGUUGUUUGUAGGUUUAAAGAUCAAAGUAAACG